AUGCCUGCGAGCGAAGUCGAGACAGCGUUGGCCAAUGGUCAUGAUGCUCAUGUCCAACCCGCACCUGUUGCCGGGAAGAAAGCCAAGGGCAAGAAGACCAUGGACUCAUCCGAGGCUUCGCGAUUGCUUCAGGCCCGCAUUUCGCAACUGGAGCAGGAUGCAGCCGGCGAGAAGGACCAGGAACUUGAGAUUGAACGUGAGGUCAAGAGAGCCAACCGGGACUUGAUGCAGCAGGUCGCCAAGAUGGACGACAUGCAGAAAAUCGACCACUUGACGAAACGGUCGAGUGAACUCUUGGCCGACAUGCGACGCUUGGAGAAGGAGAACCAAAAGAACAAGAAGCGCGGCGAUACUCUCCAGAAAGAGAGAGACACCGGCCGAACCGAGCUUAGCAAAACGGUGGGGCUCAAAGAGAAGCUCGAAAAACUAUGCCGUGAGCUCCAAAGAGACAAUAACAAGAUGAAGAACGAGAAUAAGGAACUCCAAACCACGCAGAAGCGAAAUAAUAUGGCCUGGGAUGAGAAGUAUGCCACUCUCUUGUCCAAGCUGGAAGGUUAUCAAGAAGAAAAGGACACUCCUCGAAAGCAAGUAGUAGAUAUGGAGGUGGACGAGCUAUUCCGUGUGCGAUUCAAGUCGUUUAUUGAACAGUACGAACUACGUGAGCUGCACUUUCACUCGUUGAUGCGGACCAAGGAGCUCGAAGUUCAGUACCAUCAGUCAAGAUACGAGCGGGAGAGAAAGAGUGCCGAAGCCGAAACGACGAAAGCACGUCAUUUGCAGGCCCAAGUUCAAGCAUUUACCAAGACCGAAACGGAGCUCCGGACCCAGUUGAACGUCUACGUGGAUAAGUUCAAGCAGGUUGAAGACACGCUAAACAACAGCAACGACUUGUUCCUGUCGUUUCGCAAGGAAAUGGAAGACAUGUCGAAGAAGGGCAAGCGACUGGAAAAGGAAAAUGAAGCUCUCAAGAGGCAGAAGGAGGCCACGGCGGCCAACAUAAUCCGCAUGGCGGAAGAGCGCCAAGGCUGGAAGAAGCAGCUGGACACGGCGCAGAAAAAGGUGGACAAGCUCAUGAGCAUCAUCCAGCAAAUGCAGCAUCAGGGCCGGAAAGGGCCCCCAGGUUUGGCAAGUGUCAUGGAAAGCGCGUAUGCGGAUAAUCAAGGCGACGCAGAGGGCGACGACGAGAGCGACUACUCCAACGAAGGUGACGAUGAAGAUCUUAGCGAGUUCGACGACGACACCGAAGAGGAACCGCAACCAGCCGAGAAGCGUUCCACACCUGUCACGUAUGGCCCAGAGAGACCGCCGCCGGCUAGCGAGCAGCAAACAGCCCCAACCCCGAACGGACGUUAG